AUGUCAGAUGAACCUUGUGAGCAGAUAAAGAAGUUCGUUUUUAACUCUAAAAAAGAAGGUGGUUCUUCUGAGACUUUGGAGAUACUUAUUCCUGAAAAACUGCAAGCAAGUUACAGUUUCUACACUUGGCCGUGUGCACCCAUUCUAGCCUGGUUUUUGUGGGAACACAGAGCAGAUCUUGCUGGAAAACAUAUAUUGGAACUGGGGGCUGGAACUGCUCUACCUGGUAUACUUGCCGCUAAGUGUGGUGCCACAGUAACUUUGACUGACAGUGCUGUAUUGCCCAAGUCUCUUCUGCAUAUCAAACGCUGUUGUGAAGUGAAUGGUUUGAACAGUAACCAGGUACGCGUGACUGGACUGAGUUGGGGUUUAUUUCUCACAAGUACUUUUGCUCUUGGACCUGUCGAUUUGAUAAUCGCUAACAGUGCCAAAUUGAGAAAUUACUUUUCCAAAUUUGGACCGGUGGUUUCUGCUAAUGUAGUAUUUGAUAAGAAUACUGGGCUGACAAGAGGUUAUGGUUUCAUUGCCUUCAAUAGUAAAGUAGAAUUUGAAGAAGCUCAGAAGGGAAAGCAUACUUUUGAAGCCGCUGCUGAUUGUUUACCUUCCUUGGUUUCCUCGUUAAAACAGGAAAAACUUUUAGAAUUCUAUGCUCUUUACAAGCAAGCAACUAUAGGUGAAUGUAAUACACCUAGCCCCUACUGGUAUGCAUAUGAAAGCAAACGCAAGUGGGAAGCAUGGAAAGCUUUAGGGGAUUUACCACAAACAGAAGCUAUGAUUAAGUAUAUUAGCCUUAUUGAAGAAAUAUUACCAGAUUGGGAAACUAAUCAAAAAAAUGAUCAGAAAAAAGAAGGUUGGGUAGCUGUUAGUAGAAUGGCUAAUGAUGAAAUCGAAAUUAAUGAGGAGGAUAAGAACAUUUUUGAUAGAGUUAAAGAGGGAGAUAUUGACAAAGUCAAAUGUUUCGUGGAGAAUUGUGGAGCAGACAUUACUGAUGAAUUUGGAAUGAGUUUAUUACACUGGGCAGCGGACAGAGGGUUGUUGGAUAUGGUAAAGUUGCUGCUGGCCCACGGAGCCAAUAUAGAUAUGCGAGAUGGAUCUGGUCAAACUGCUCUUCAUUAUGCCUGUUCCUGCGGCCAUUCUGAAAUCGUUGAGGUCUUGUUGCUGAAUGGAGCCCAACCUGAUUUAAUAUGUGAUGAUGGUUUUACUCCUUAUGAUUUAGCUAGUGAAGAACUCAGAACUCAUUUUAAAUCAGCCAAUUUUCCAUAA